AUGCGAAAUCUGCAGCUGUUGCAAGACCAUGAACUACUCAUUGACUUUAGACUGUUCAAAACAGCAACCCCUCGAAAUUUCUCGCCCAAUGUGACACAGAAGACAGUGGUCGCCUCCAAAAUUAAUGAAAGGAAUGGCAUGCAAACUCUCAUUACUACCAAUCAGGAUGUCAUCCUCCAAGAAGGAGUUCGCAGCUUCAACAAUCAAUCCGUGUUUGGACAGACUGUGGAGAAGAAGACUCGCAGGGAAGCGGAACAAAUGAACAUCACUGUACCAUUGAAACUCUAUGUGGUAUCCAAACAGCAACUGUUGUCUGUGUUUCCUUCAUUGUUCAAUGAUGGCAACCAGUUGAGAGAUGGGUCAAUUCCAGCACUGCUCCCCUACAUAUUGCGAGCAGCUAUGGAAAAGUGCAAUGCAUCUCAUGCAGUUUCAUUUCACAGCAGGAAUGCUAGGGAAAAGCAGUUCAUUGAGGAUGCCAGGGAAGUGCUGGGUCGGGAUGUGUUUGCAGCUGACAUCAAUGGCAACAUGAAACGUACAAUGCAAGAAAGCAUCUUGAAACAAGCCAAGGAAGCUCCCAUGUCAGUUGUAGCAAACUGUGAAUUAUUUACAGAGGGAGUUGAUGAAGAUGAGUCAGAGGGUGACUUCCUGCUUGGUAAUGAAGACAGCUGUGGUAGCCAGAUGCUUGCACGGACUCUACUGGCAUUGUCUGAGGAUGACCCUGAGUUUUGGAAGGGUGUUGUCUACAUUGCCGGAGAAGAUAAACAAGGGAGGCUGGUUGAUCCUUCUGAAUAUCCCCAAAGAUUGAGAGAUGUGUUUGACAGCCUGGGAUCAAUCCGAUGGGAGACCCAGCAAGAGAUCAUGAAACAAAUGAUCAUUGAAGUCUCAGGGACUCAUACCAAAGCCUCGGAGUGGAACACCAUGUUUGAGAGAGUUGUUUCCUUUAGAAGGGACCAUCCUGGGCAGAAGCAAAUGUGGUUAAAGGUUCAAAGGCAGCUGAAGAAAUCUGGUGGCUUGAGUAUGGACUGGAUUCAUCAAAUGGAAGAAGCUGGCAUCAAGUGGUCUCACAAUGAAGAGUUUUGGAAUCAAAAGAAUGAAUUGCUAUGCCAGUAUGUAGAACGGGAGGGUGACUGUGAUCCACCCGGGACUCACAUUGAAAGAGGCGUGUCCUUGCGGUGGUGGGUGCGGCAACAGCGGGACGCAAGAAAGAAGGAUAACCUGGAGGCAUGGCAGGUGGAGAAACUGGACCAAAUUGGAUUUGUGUGGGAUUUCCACGAAGAAAAUUGGAACACUCUCUACCAAGCAUUGCUUUCCUUCAAGGCACGAGAAGGUCACUGUGAUGUACCCAGGAGGCACGUAGAAGAAGAUGUGAAGUUGGGGAAUUGGGUGAUCAGGCAGCGAAUUGCAAGAAAGAAGGAUAAACUAGAUUCAUGGAAGGUGGAGAAACUGGACCAAAUUGGAUUUGUGUGGGAUCCCCUCAAAGCAAGUUGGAACUCUUUCUGCCAAGCAUUGCUUGCCUUCAAGGCUCGUGAAGGUCACUGUGAUGUACCCAAGAGGCAUGUAGAAGGAGGUGUGAACUUGGGGCGGUGGGUGGAGCAUCAGCGGCAUGCAAGAAAGAAGGAUAAGCUGCUGGAUGAAUGGAAGGUGCAGCAACUGGAACAGGUUGGUUUCAUUUGGAAUGCACCUGAUUGGAGGUGGGAACAGAACUUCCAUUUGUGCAAGGAGUAUGUUUCUGAAACUGGAAAGACAUCUGUUCCAGUAUCCUAUGAAAAAGGUGGUGUCAAGCUUGGACUAUGGUAUCACAGGCAACUAGGCCUUUACCAGAAGGAGAAGUUGGAAGACUCCAGAAGGCAGCGAAUGGAAGAGCUUGGGGCCUUAGCUUGA